AUGUUGUACGAUUUAAUCGGUGUUUAUGGGAAAGUUGGUCAAACUGGACGCAACGAUGAUGAUGUCUACGAUCGAUAUAGUCAUCGUUGGACAAUUAUUUUACUCGGUGUUUUUAUUAUUGCUAUAAGUGCAAAACAAUUUGUUGGCACACCAAUUGAAUGCAUUCCACCCGCUGAUUUUGGAGGAAAUCAUAAAACUUAUGUUGAAAAUUUCUGUUGGAUUCAUUAUACAUAUUCUGUUGAUGAUAAAACAGCAUUAACACGUGAUUUUGUUCGUGGUGCUAAUGGUUCACAUAAAACUCCGUAUUAUAUUUGGAUUCCGUAUAUAUUCAUUGCUGCUGCAUUGUUCACGUAUUUGCCGGCAUGGUUAUGGCAUGUUAUUGGUCAUCGUGCAACAUUCGAUGUUCCAGCAAUGAUUAAUCAAUUAUCCAAAAUGAAACUAACAAAUCCUGAAGAUCGUCGAUCGAAUUUAACGAUCAUGGCAAAACAUUAUGAAAAAGUUGAACAAUAUUCUAGAUCAAAUUUACGUGUUACUGAUAAUUUAUUUAAACGAUCAAUGUCUGCAUUGAUGUUUUUUGCUGGUGGAGGUGUUUUAACAGGAAUUUAUUUUCUAAUUAAAAUCUUCUAUUUAAUGAACGCUAUUGGUCAAUUUUUCUUAAUGAACCACUUUCUUCAAAUUGAUUAUUGGUCAUAUGGACAAAAAGUUCUCUACGGUGUAUUUACUGGUCGAGAUUGGAUGGAAAAUAAAAUAUAUUUUCCACGUAUUGUCUAUUGUGAUUUUGCUAUUCGUUAUUUAGGAGAUAAUAAUCUUAAUUAUACGGUUCAAUGUACAUUACCUGUUAAUCUUUACAAUGAACGUAUAUUUGCAUUCUAUUGGUUUUGGUUAAUAUUUUUAACUUGUGCAACAUUUUAUGGUAUUAUUAUUUGGCUUGGACAAAUGAGUUAUCGUGGUCGUCGUAGUUUCUUAAAAAAACAUUUACGUAUUAAUCGUGAAUUAGCUAUGACACAACAUGAAAGACGUUUAUUUGAUGCAUUUGCUGAUCGAUAUCUUGGUGGUGAUGGAAUACUUUUUCUACGUCUUGUUGCAAAAAAUACAAAUCCAGUUGUUGCAGGUGAACUUUUGGGAAUUAUGUGGGAUAGAUUUGUAACACGUGAGAAUGCUGUUGUCAUUGUUGCAUCUUUAGCAAAUAAUGAGAAUAAUGGUAAAACAUUGGAUGCAGAUACAUAUUUGAAUGGUGGUGGUGGUGGACCGGGAAAGUUUAUAGAUGAUCGCACAUUACCGUUUAAUCAACCAUUAAAACAAGAUUAA